AAAUCUAGUAAGCUUGCAACCGCGACAACUCAACCGAAAACUGAGAGGAGAAAGCUAUUUAUUUUUAUUUUAUUUUAGUUUAGUUCUGAAAGAAACUUUAAAGAUCCAAUUCGGUUCAAGGCUUUUACAGAUCUACGAAUCAUCCAAAUAUAUCCUAUCUCAUUCUCGAUCUUAUUACUCUCCUUACCGCUACUUGAAAUAUUGAAAUUAAUUCAAAUCCUUACAAUCCAUUUUCAACCAACGCUAAAACCCUAGCAUUCGGCGAGAUCCGAAUUCCCAAAAAAUGGAUGCUCCGCAAGGCGGAUCCGACGGCGACAAAACCAAUCCUUCCUCUUCUCCUGUCUCCGUUGUCUCCAAUUUCUGGAAAGAAUUUGAUCUGGAAAAAGAGAAAAGUGUGCUUGAUGAACAAGGACUCAGAAUAGCUGAAAAUCAGGAAAACAGCCAGAAAAAUAGGCGGAAGCUUGCUGAGAGUACAAGAGAUUUCAAGAAAGCUGCGCCAGAGGAAAAAUUAAGUUUAUUUAAUUCAUUACUUAAGGGCUACCAAGAAGAAGUUGAUAAUCUUACCAAGAGGGCAAAAUUUGGCGAGAAUGCUUUUCUUAACAUCUAUCAAAAGCUUUAUGAGGCUCCUGAUCCUUAUCCUGCUCUUGCUUCAAUUUCUGAGCAAGAUCUAAAAAUCUCUGAAUUGGAAUCUGAGAACCGGAAGAUGAAAGUUGAGCUUGAAGAGUUCAGAACAGAAUCAAUGCACUUAAAAAAUCAGCAGGCAACGAUAAGAAGACUUGAAGAGCGGAAUAGACAAUUAGAGCAGCAGAUGGAGGAAAAAGUGAAAGAAAUUGUGGAGAUGAAGCAGCGCAGUUUAGCAGAAGAAAACCAGAAAACUCUAGAAGUCUUAAAAGACAGGGAGCAAUCUUUGCAAGAUCAAUUACGGCAAGCUAAAGAAAGUGUAUCAAACAUGCAAAAACUGCAUGAACUUGCACAGAGCCAGUUGUUUGAACUUCGUGCUCAGUCAGAGGAAGAUAGGGCAGCAAAGCAAUCUGAGGUCAACCUUUUGAUGGAUGAAGUAGAGCGAGCCCAAACUCGGCUUUUUAGUCUGGAGAGAGAGAAGGGGCUUCUACGCUCACAAUUGCAGUCAGCAAAUGAAGAGUCAGAAAACAAGAGAAGUGAUGUAGAUUCAAAUGCCAUACUUGAAAACUCCCUAAGUUCCAAAGAAAAGAUAAUCUCUGAGCUGAACAUGGAACUUCACAAUAUUGAAACUACGUUAUCCAAUGAACGAGUGCAACAUGUCAACGAGAUCAAGAAGUUGAAUUCGUUGCUCAAUGAAAAGGAUGUUGCUCUUGAGGAGAUGAAGAAAGAACUUAAAGCAAGGCCAACAGAAAAGUUGGUUGAUGAUUUGCGUAAGAAAGUGAAAAUUUUGCAGGCAGUGGGUUAUAAUUCAAUUGAGGCUGAAGAUUGGGAAGCAGCUACCAGUGGGGAAGAGAUGAGUAAAAUGGAAUCUCUUCUUCUUGAUAAAAAUAAGAAAAUGGAACAUGAACUUACACAGCUGAAGGUCAAACUUUCCGAGAAAACAUCUUUUCUGGAAACAGCUGAAGGCAAAAUAGUAGAACUCGCGGAAAAGGUUAAUGAACAACAAAAGCUGAUACAGAAAUUAGAAGAUGAUAUAUUGAAGGGUUAUAGUUCCAAAGAAAAGAAAGGAACUCUUUUUGAUGAUUGGGAUCUUUCAGAGAGUGGAGGGAAUGAACUUUCCGAGAACACAGAUCAGAAACAAGUUUCCGCAGAUCAAGACCAAAGCUCAAUGCUGAAGGUGAUCUGCAAUCAGCGUGAUCGAUUUAGGGCACGUUUGCGGGAAACUGAAGAAGAAAUAAGGCAAUUAAAGGAGAAGAUAGGGGAGCUAACAACGGAACUGGAGAAAACAAAAGCUGAUAAUGUUAAACUUUAUGGAAAGAUUCGUUAUGUCCAGGAUUAUAACCAGGAGAAAGUAAUUUCUAGAGGAUCAAAGAAGUAUGCCGAGGAUCUUGAAAGUGGUUUCACCUCAGAUGUUGAAUCCAAGUACAAGAAGAUAUAUGAGGAUGAUAUUAAUCCCUUUGCAGCAUUCUCAAAAAAGGAGAGGGAUCAAAGAUACAAGGAGCUGGGCUUCAGAGACAGAAUCACACUCAGCAGCGGACGUUUUCUUCUGGGAAACAAGUAUGCUCGAACAUUUGCAUUUUUCUACACAAUUGGUUUGCAUAUCCUAGUGUUUACUUGUCUAUACCGAAUGUCCGCUCUAAGCUACCUCAGCCAUGGCUCUGAGGAAACUGCCGUCGUUGAGAAAAACUUGAACCUUCCGCGUGGAUAUUAGUGACAUCUACCCUUAGCCAUUUCUUCAUUUAUGGUUUGUUCUUGUGAGAAGAAUAUGGCAUUGAAAUUAAAUUUACAAACUUAAUAAACUGUACAUGUAACACAAUCAUGUUAUGUUCAAAAUAGCUAAUACUAUACAUCCAUGUCUUUCGAUCUUAA